CCCGUACGCAGCGACGUAAAGACGUAAUGACGACAGCGCGUCUCUACGGCUCGCCAGAGCGAAGGCAGAGCGCACAUCCGGGAGCCCGAGCGUAAGCCGAAUACUCAGCGGUACGGCGAGCCCCACACCUCACAUGGGGAUCUCAGGGAACCAUGACGUCACCGUCCCGGAGAACGAGCCCGGUUCAGCCGCCAGGUCCAAGGAGAUCGUAGUGCCCCCUGGGGAGCACCCGCUGCAGUAUCGCUACACCUUCUGGUAUUCUCGGAGAACACCCUCCCGGCCCGCCAGCACUCAGAACUAUGAGCAGAACAUCAGACAGUUUGGUACAGUGGCGUCGGUGGAGCAGUUCUGGCGCGUGUACAGCCACUUAGUGCGGCCCGGAGACCUCUCGGGAUACAGCGACUUCCAUCUCUUCAAAGAAGGGAUCAAACCGAUGUGGGAGGAUGACGCCAACAAAAAUGGUGGGAAAUGGAUCAUCCGCCUACGGAAGGGGCUGGCGUCCAGGUUCUGGGAGAACAUCAUACUGGCCAUGCUGGGGGAGCAGUUCAUGGUGGGAGAAGAGAUCUGCGGGGUGGUCGUGUCCAUACGCUUUCAGGAAGACAUCCUCUCCAUCUGGAACAAGACUGCCAACGACCAGAUCAGCACCAUCCGUAUCCGGGACACGCUCCGAAGAGUCCUCAACCUCCCUCCUAACACCAUCAUGGAGUAUAAGACUCACAACGACAGCCUCAAAGAUAACUCAAGUUUCCGGAACACAAAGCUCACGCUAUAGCGACGGACUUGACCCCUAACCUCCCCCCCCCCCCCACCGCAGAGUUCAUCCAUCUCCGUGUAGAGGGGUCUGGACAUAGCGCUCUGCUGUCCUCCUCCACAGCGGACUCUCAUCGAUUUGGACGCUGGACAAUCCCGCUCUUCCUCUUUGUUACCGUUGUUGGGA